UUUAUAGUUAAUUUAGGCCGUAACGUUAACUGGUUAAUUUAGGCCCAUGAUUCAACUUAGGACGCUCCACAGCUACAGCCUGUUAACGAUCAGACAGAAAAAUCACGCAUUCAGUUGCUUUUGAUUUACCGUUAAAAAAAGCAAGAACAAAAUUGACUUCUUGCAAAACCCUGCCUAAACCUCCACCACCGCCACAGUUACCGUCCGACGCCUUCACGACGGGAUGGAGGGCUUUUCAAGCGCCACCGAUAUCUGCCAACAGCUCCUCGACCGUUACGGCAACUCCUCGGCUCCGCAACACCGCCACCUCUGCGCGACUGCGGCUGCCACUCGUUCUUUAAUCCAGUCAGAAUCACUCGACCUCACUCCAUUCUCGUACUUCGCCGCCACAAUUUCGACCCUCGCCGAUGAAACUGCCCAAUUGGACUCCAACGCCUUGGCCGCGGUUUCUUCGUUCCUGACUAUUGUCCUCCCUUUGUUACCGGAAAGUGCUAUCUCGCCGGAUAAAGCUAAGGAGGCCGUUGAGGUUCUGGUGGAAAGAAUAAAUAUGAGUGGUAAUAAGGCUUCUCUUGGGAAUGCUAAUGUGAGGUCUUUGGUCAAAUCUUUAGGUGCUCUACUAGGAUUUUGCAAUUUAGCGGAUUGGGAUUCUAUUAAACUCGGGUUUGAAAUUCUUUUGAAAUUCUCCAUUGAUAAGCGACCCAAGGUACGAAAAUGCGCUCAGGAUUGUCUACUAGCUCUUUUUAAGUCGUUGAAAGCUUCGGUUGUAAUCGAGGAGGUAAGCAGAACAUUACACUCAAUGUUAAAGAAUCAGAUAUCAUUGGCAGCAAAAGAGAGUGAUUUAAAGGCUGUAGAUGGUUCCAGAGUUGAUUUAAUGUCCAAGCCCGAUCUCCAAGAAAUUAUGCAUAUGUUAAAUCUGUUGAAAAGUAUUGUUCCCCAUCUUUCCAAGAAAGUCUGUGCAAAAGUGCUUUCUAGGCUGUUGAAGCUUUUGACCUGUGAAUAUGCGGCACUGUCAAAGCAUAUUCUUGAAAUUAUUCAAGUUAUGUUUGAAACUUCUACUGUUGAAGUCAUUGCUCGUGAUAUUGAAAAGGUUAUCACAAAUCUUGUCUCAUACAUAUCCUCGAAAGAGAACAAUCCUUCGGAAUUAGUACUCUGCGCAGCUAAUUUAUUGAAACAUGCUAUCAAUAAACUUCAUGCAACUGAUAUGACAGAGCGGAACAGUCUUCUACAGUCAAUUAUCGGUGCACUAGCAGGUCUUCUCAGUUCUGAGGCUGGUACUGCUUUGCAGGCUGCAAAUAUUCUUAAAGAGUUAAUCAAUCAACAUGUGGGUGCAAAGUUAGUAUUGGAAACUGAUGUUCAGUUGGAAGGAGAUAAGUCUAUCUGCCGCAGUAGGCUAAGAGCGGUGAAAUCUGUAUGUGGAAUCUUUGAUGACUUGUUGAAAGCUGAAGUUGUUCCAAAUGAGUACUUAUUGGGAGUCAUCUCUGUUUUGUUUUUAAGACUUGGAGAAGAAUCAGGCAUUUACAUGAAGAGUAUAGUACUCAAACUAGCGGAAGUGAUGCAAUCUUCAUCCAUCAGCGCUUCUGACACCGAAAAUCUUCGUAAAUGUAUAGGAGCUGCUGUUGUAUCCAUGGGACCUGAAAAGUUACUCGCUCUGCUGCCUAUCUCCCUCAAUCCCAAAGAUUUUUCGUGUUCAAACCUUUGGCUAAUUCCUAUACUCAAGGACUAUGUAGUGGGAUCAUCUCUUCAGUUCUUCAUGGAAUAUUUUGUGACUCUCGCAGAUUCAUUUCAACGAGAGUCUAUGAAAGGGGAAGAAAUGGAGACCUAUGCCAACAACUGUUGGGAACUAUUACCGGCCUUCUGUCGCUUUCCAACUGACACGUACAAACACUUUGGAUCUUUGGCCAAACUUUUGGUUUCUCUUAUCAAGGAUUCCCCUAGGCUUGAAUAUAUUGCUGUUUCCUUGCAGGAACUAGUGAAUGUAAACAAACAGGUACUUGCAUCUGAUGACCAUUCUGUAACAGAAUUACCAAAGAGUGAAAACUUUCCUGAAAACAUUUGGAGUAAACAUGCUUACUCUAAGAAGAUUGCAAACAAGAACAUUAGGGCUUUGGCAUCAUGCUCCGAAGAAUUGCUUCGGGCAUUGAUAGACGUCUUCUUCAAGUUGCCAUCUGAUAGGCAUGAAAAUUUGAAGGAUGUAAUAGGGUGCUUGGCAUCCAUUUCUGAUCCUUCAACUAUCAGAAGCAUUUAUUUUUCUUCACUUAAGAGGCUUCAGCUCAUCAAAGAUCUGGGUGGCUCUGAGGAGCUGGAGUUCCUUAUGGACAGUUCAGAUGGAAGCAAGGAAACCAAUGCAACUUCCCCUGAAAAACAUGCGGCUAGGUGCCUAUUGCUGAAACUAGCAUCAUGUGUUGUUGAUGGUGCCAGUGAGGAACUGAUAAAUCUGCUGUUUAAGUUUACUUGUCAUUCUUUAGAGGUGACUGAAGGAACUGGUCUGCCUGAAGCAUAUCAAACGCUCAGCAGUAUUUUAGAGAAACAUGCUGCCUUUUGCUCUGCACAGUUUGUUGGGGUGAUGGAACUAUUACUGAAACUGAAAUCUCCAACAGAUAUUGCUUCCCUAAAAAGCCGCUUUAAUUGUCUCCGUACCUUGUUGAUUCAUGCGUUAAAGGAAAAUUUGGAUGAGGAGAACACCCAGGCAUUUUUUAUCCUGAACGAGAUCAUUGUUGCGCUAAAAGAUUCGAAUGAAGAAGGCAGAAAAGCAGCUUACGACAUGCUUACUGAGGUUAAUGCCAGUUUGCGAAAAAAUUCAAACUCCUCUGAUGAUGGACUUCAUCAGAAGCUGAUCAAUAUGGUCAUUGGUUAUCUUGCGGAUUCCUCCCCUCACAUAAAGAGUGGGGCAGUUUCUGCAUUGUCUGUGCUCAUUUACAGUGAUAUCGAUCUUUGCAUCUCAGUGCCUGAAUUGAUUCCGUCCGUUUUGGAAUUGUUGCAAAUGAAAAAGAAAUCUAUUGAAGUCAUAAAAGUCAUUGUUAUUUUGGAAAUCAUGGUUAGGAAAUGUGGGGUGGCAUUGGUCAAGUCACUUGUACCCCUGAAGUAUAAAGAUUUUCUACAGAGUGUCCUGGAGAAUCGUCAUGGAAAGACAACUUCUAAAGAUACCAGCACUAGCGAGAAUGAAUCAAAACCUUCAGAUUCGUCCCCAAGAGGGUUGAAGAGGAAGAAGCAUGAAGAUUCUACAUUUUUACUUAAAGAAGGCGGCUCCAAGGUUUCCAGAGAAAGGCCAAGGGACAAGAGACCCAAGGGCUCGAAAUAUGGUGCCAAAGAGCCCUAUAAUUCUUCUGGUCAUACUGAUACACAGAAGUUCAUGAAAGGAAAGGAAAAUCCUCAUAGACAGAAAUCUAAACCACAUGGCAGAGACAAAAGGGAAGGUGCUUUUAAGACUCAAUCAGGUGGGAAGAGAAAGGUGCAUUGGGCAGAAAAUAACAAAAAUCCUAAAGGCGACAGUCACAAACCUGCUGCGCAGUCAUCCAAGUUUAAAAGGGUAGGGAAGAAACGUUCGAAAUUCCAGAAGUGAGAGAUUGCCAUGCAAAAGGAUAUGCUGGAGAUUUUGAGCAAUGCUGUUGGCGUGACAAGGAUGGAGGGUGAAUAUGUGCAAAAUUAACUGGAGACUCCAAUUGUCAUGAUUGUAUUGUGGUGCCGCAGCGCCAUUGAUUGAUGGCAGAAAAGUUGCAACAUAGCUGAGAAUGAGAGGGAGAUAGAGAGCCAGAGGCCUGUUGGCAUUGUUGCGGCAAAGAGGUUGGUAGCUGACCAAAAUCUGUAUCCUGGUUGUGUUAAUUCAAUCUGUAAGCAAAAAAUUUUGAAAUGGUAAGUUCCGCGAGUCUAAGUUUUGUUAUUGUUAAUUCAGCAUGUAGAUCAUGAAUGGUAGGCGAACUUAGUGAAUGCUUGGUAGAUGCAAGAGAUGAAAACCAGGUUCAAAUCAUGUACCGGAGAAGGAUUUAGAGAAGUUACAUCCAACAUGUUGUAAGUUGUAACUUGAAAGAGUUUACUAUUUCAUCGUUGGGAUUUUCAGGGUUUCGAGUUAGCGUCUCGUGAAUAAUCAAUUUAAUUUGUAUAGUAAAGUCGAAGGUUAUCAGUUAGAAGAAUGAUUUCUCUCAAUGGCCACAAAAUCAGGUCGAUAAACGUAUAGUUUAAUAAAAUUUAUAUUUGCGUUCGGUG